AACGAGGCAAAAAUUAUACCGUACAGUUUUUGUAAAUCUUCGUUUACGCCAUUUCUUACACAUUGUUCAUUUUAAAUGAUACAUUUCAUUCAUGAUCUUAUAAAAAUGAUAACAAGUGGUGCUUCUAGAGAAAAUUCGAAGCGUCUUUUCCUCCGAAUCUCAUUAGUGUGAUGCCUUUCUCUUUAAUACAUAUUGUGUGUAUUGCGUUGUUAUUGCGAAAAUGUCAGUUCAUUUCGCUAUAUAUGUAUUCACCAUAUUGUGAAUUGUAAUGAUCAACUUUAGCUAGCCUAUUAAGGAGAAAUGUUAAAUAUAUAUGCUUUCCAAAGAAAGCUGGAUAAAAUAUCCCAUGAUCUCAUAGAAGAAUGCAAAUACAUUGCACCUGGAGCACAGCUAACAAUAGGGUUAAGGAGUUGGUUAGAAAAAUAUAAAGUAGAAAUCAGAAAAGAAAUUGUGUCCCGGGUGGAAGAUGGCUGUGCUCCUUUAUUCAUUGCUUGCAAAAGGGGAAACGUGGAGAUUGUGGAGUACCUUAUAACAGUAUGCCACGCAGAUAUUGAACAAAAAGGAAGAUAUGAAGUACCUGAUGAUCGAUCUGUACAUUGUGCUACACCACUAUGGUGUGCAGCUGUUUCUGGAAAACUUUCAGUAAUUAAAUGUUUGAUAUCUCAUGGAGCUGAAGUUAACGCAGUUUCAGAUUCUGGUUCAACUCCUGUGAGAUCAGCUUGUUUCAUGACUCACAUGGAUGUUGUUUCAUACUUGGUAGAAAAUGGUGCUGAUAUACUUAAAGCCAAUUAUAAUGGUGGAACAUGCUUGAUAAACUCUGUUCAAAGCGUAGAUUUAUGUACUUUUCUCUUAAACCAUGGUGCUGAUGUAAAUGCAACAGAUAUUCAAAAUAAGACUGCUUUACAUUACGCCAUUCAAGAACACAGGCUUGAAACUACCAAACUUCUUCUUGAACAUAAUGCAGAUCCUCAUCUUAGAUCUCGAUAUAAUGAUGAUGCUCUUCAAACUGCUUGCCUAAAAGGGGCCAUUAGAAUUUUUGAAUAUUUAGUGGAAAAGGUUUCUCCUUAUUCUCCUGAAAGAUUAGCAGAUGCAAAUGAAUUAAUGGGAUCUACAUGUUUUGAUGAUAAUCGUGACAUUCAAAAGGCAUUAAAAUAUUGGCGCGCGGCAAUAGCUAUUAGAAAUGCCAAUGCAAUAAAUGGUGUUCCUUUACCAAAAAGGCCUCUGUUACCUAAACGUGAUAUAUAUAAAAAUGCAACUGAGUUCACAACAUUAGAGGAACUUAACGCGAUUGCGCUUGAUUCAGAUGCCAUGAGAAUCCAAAGUUUAUUAAUAUGUGAGAGAAUUCUAGGCCCACAUCAUAAAGACACUUUAUUCCGAUUAAUGUUCCGAGGAGCUGCAUAUGCAGAAGCCUUCAGAUAUCAAAAUUGUAUAGAUUUAUGGCACAGAGCGUUAGAAAUUCGGGUGGAAAAAGAUUCGAUUUUAUAUGCCGAUACGUGUUUCACUGCUCAAGCCUUGCUAAGGCUUAUGGUUGAAUUAAAUGAGAACACAUUAGAAGCGGCAGAUCAUAAUCGAGAUAAGGAAGAACCAAGGUUUUGCGAUGUUGUAGCAAUAUUUAAAUUACUUUCCAGUCAAUUAACAGAAGCCAAAGAAUUAUUGGAGAAACGACCAGUACACAAGCGACAACGGGAUAGUUAUGAACGAAUACUAAAAUGUGUAACGCAUCUUAUUUACUUAUUAGUGGAAACAGGAACAUCGGAUGAUCAGAAGGCGCUAACCAAGCAGCUAGUUUAUGAUUUAGUUAAACAAAAACCUAGAUCUGCAUAUACGGAAGACACGCUUCUGCAUCUUUGCGUUUCAAAAAUGAAUACCAUCAGUUCUACUUAUUUUACUGCUACUGAUAGUAUACACAGAAUUUUCCCACACUUAAAAGUCGUCAAGUUGCUUUUAGAAUGCGGAGCGAACGUCAACGCAAGGAACGAAUGGCGGUCAACACCAUUGCAUAUAGCGAGCGAUCCAUUUAACUUUCAGAAUGCACUAAUAAAAUUGUUAUUGGACUACGGGGCACAUUUAGACACCCCAAACAGAGCCGGAGAGACUCCAGUACGGUUGAUAUCUUCAAAUUUAAUGAACAAUGUGAAUCUUGUAAACUAUAUUAGUCUUCGGUGUUAUGCGGCUCAAGCUAUUCGGAAAUACGGCAUUCGUUGUAGAAGACACAUAGAUCUGCCCGAUACACUUUAUCAAUUUUUAGAACUUCAUAGAGAAUAAUGAAUAACAAACAGAACUUCUACGUUAAUAAUGUAUGUUUUUUUUUUCAUUA